GAAAAAGGAAAUCUUGAGGUCCUUCUGUUCACCAUCCAAAGCAAACUCAGAGCCAAUAACCAGAAACCCUACGUGCCUCAAGACGGGAAGCUUAUCUCAGAUAUCAACAAGGCCUGGGAGCAUCUGGAGAAGGCAGAGCACGAGAGGGGCGUGGCUCUGCGCAAGGAGCUGAUUCGUCAGGAGAAACUGGAGCUGUUGGCUCAACGCUUCGACCACAAAACGACCAUGAGGCAGGCGUGGCUCAACGAGAACCAGAGACUCGUAUCGCAGGACAAUUUUGGCUACGAUCUACCUGCAGUUGAGGCAGCGAUGAAGAAACACGAGGCCAUCGAGGCGGACAUAGCCUCGUAUGAAGAGAGGAUCGGCGUGGUUAUGGAGCUGUCCUCAGAGAUGGAGAAGGAAGGAUACUAUGACAUCCGACGCAUCCUGGCGCGCAAGGAGAACAUCCUGGGCCAGUGGAGUCUACUGAAGGAGCUGGUGGCUGGAAGGAGGACCCGCUUAGAGAAGAACCUGGCUUUGCAGAAGACAUUUCAGGACAUGGUGUACAUGAUCGACUGGAUGGAGGACACACAGGCUCAGCUGCUGUCGAAGGACUUCAGGAAGCAUCUUCUGGAAGUGGACGACUUGCUGCAGAAGCACACCCUGCAGGAAGCUGAUAUUUCUGUACAGGCUGAGAGAGUGGAGACGCUCAACGCUGCCGCGCUCAAAUUCACCACAAUAGAGGGGUACCAGCCGUGUGACCCGCAGGUGAUCUGUAACCGUGUGAACCACGUCUCUUCCUGUCUGGAGGAACUGAAACAGCUAGCGGCUAAACGACGGGCUGAGCUUGAGGAGUCGAGACAGCUGUGGGCCUUUUUUCAGGAGCUGGAAGAAUCAGAGGCCUGGAUUCGGGAGAAAAGCUCCAUCCUGGCCUCUCAGGGAUAUGGGAAGGACCUGAGCAGUGUGCUGAGGUUACUUCAGAAGCACAAGACUCUGGCCGGGGAGCUGCUGGCUCACCGCUCACUGCUGCAGAACACCAUAAAGCGAGGGAAGCAGAUUCUGAGUGAAAAGAGCUUUGGCACGGCAGGAAUCCAGGAACGCAUCAUGGAAGUUAAAGACGAGUGGAAAAAUCUGGAGGACCAGGCCGCACAGCAUCUAACCCACCUGCAGGAGGCGCUCAACUUCUUCCAGUUCUCCACGGAGACAGAUGACCAGGCGGCCUGGCUGCAGGAUGCCUACCGUCUGGUCUCCAGCGAGGACUUUGGUCACGAUGAGUACUCCACUCAGUCCCUGCUGAAGAAACACAAAGGGGUCACGGAGGCGAUCGAUAAACACAGAUUACAUGUAGUUGCGCUACGCAAACACAUGGUGGUGCUGCCUUUGCAAUACCGAGAGCAGGAGGAGGUGCAGGCGCGUCUGGGCGAAGUGGAGCAGCUGUACACAGAGGUCGCUGAGGUCGCCAUACUCAGACAGCAGUGGCUUCACGACGCGCUCGCUGUGUACGGCAUGUUCAGUGAGGUCAAUGCCUGCGAACUCUGGAUUGAUGAGAAGGAGCAGUGGCUGGAGAAGAUGGAGAUCCCUGAAAAACUGGAGGAUGUGGAAGUAGUGGCACACAGAUUUGAAAGCUUGGACCAGGAGAUGAACAGCCUAAUGGGACGAAUCCUGGAUGUUAAUCAGAUAGUACAGCAGCUCCUGGAUGGAGGUCAUCCAUCUUCUGCAGAAGUCAGAGGUUGUCAGGAUCACCUCAACUCCAGGUGGAACAGCAUUGUAGAGCUUGUGGAACAGAAGAAAGAUCAGCUGGAGUCCAUGUUACGCCUGCAGAAUUACCUGCUAGAGUGUGCUGAGAUCAAGUCCCAGAUCCAGGACAAGAGGAAAGCCAUUGACGCCACGCAGUACAUGGGCAGCGAUUUGGGAGGGGUCCUCGCCUUGCAGAGACGGCUCUCUACCAUGGAGGGAGCCCUGUCUGUCCUGGAGCCCAAACUGCUGCAUCUACAGGAAGAAGCAGAGUAUCUGGCCACUGCUCAUCCCAGUCGAACCAUGGAGAUUCUCGUGCCGUUUGAUGGUAUCAGCGUCGAAUGGGAGGAACUUAAAAGGACCCUGCAGGGAUGUGAAGACUCACUGAUGGUGGCCAGCAGGCUGCAGAGCUUCAUCCAGGACCUGGACUCCUUCCUUACCUGGCUGGUCCAGACCCAGACGGCUGCUGCUUCCGACCAGCUCCCCAACGACCUGGAGGAGGCAGAGAAACUCAUCAACAAACAUGCUGCUCUCAAAGAGGAGAUUGGACGGUACGAGGAGGACUACGAGCGUCUGCAAGCCAUGAAUGAGCUUCUAGAGUCCGAAGAUGCCCCUCUGCCUCAGGCCGCCCUGCAGCAGUGGCUACAGAAACUCGAUGUUGGCUGGAACAAGCUGCUCGAGAUGUGGGAGAGCAGGAGGGAAGUUCUGGUCCAAGCUCACAUUUUUCACCUGUUCCUGCGAGAUGUCAAACAAGCAGAGUCCUUCCUGAACAACCAGGAAUCAGCGCUCGCUCAUGUGGAGCUUCCCACCACGGUAGAAAUGGUCGAAGGUGCUAUAAAGAAACACAAGGACUUCACCACCACCAUGGAGCUAAAUCUGCACAGGAUCAAAGCUGUGAUCGAGGCAGGAGAAAGCCUGAUCAGCCAGAACAACAUCUACUCUGAGCGCAUCAGGGAGCGCAUCGACACCCUCGCCAGCAGGGGAAACCAGAACAGGGAGCUGGCCCAGCAGUGGCUGGAAAAACUAAAUGACCAGUGGGAACUUCAGAUAUUUCUCCAAGACUGUCAUGCGCUGGGGGACUGGGUGUACGAGAAGAUGCUGAUGGCGAGAGACAGCAGCCGAGACGAUACCCAGAAGCUUCACAAGAAAUGGCAGAAGCACCAGGCUUUCAUGGCCGAGCUAGCCCAGAACAGGGAAUGGCUGGAUAAAAUUGAAAAGGAAGGCCAGCAGCUGAUUAAGGAGAAGCCGGAACUGAGCCCGGUGGUCCGGAAGAAGCUGGAGGAGAUCAGGGAGUGCUGGCUGGAUCUGGAGAGCACCACUCAGGCCAAAGCUCGCCAGCUCUUCGAGGCUAACAAGGCCGACCUGCUGGUGCAAAGUUACGAAAGCCUUGACCAGAGGCUGGGCCAGCUAGAGGGUCAGCUGGUCUACGUGGACCAGGGACAGGAUCUCACCACCGUCAACAAACACCUCAAGAAACUACAAACUAUGGAGACUCACAUGGAGGAGUGGUAUAGGGAGGUGGGCCAGCUCCAGGUUCAGGCGGCCUCCAUCCCACAGCAGACGCAGAUCCAGGGCACGGUGGUGGAGCGACAGACCGCCGUAGAGACCAGGAUGGCCCGACUGAUCGAGCCGCUGAAGGAGAGACGGCGCCUUCUUCUGGCAUCUAAGGAGGUUCAUCAAGUGGGGCGAGACCUGGAGGACGAGAUUUUGUGGGUCCAGGAACGCCUCCCUCUGGCCAUGUCCCAGGAGCAUGGCUCAUCGCUGCAAGCUGUCCAGCAGCUUAUGAAGAAGAACCAGACACUUCAAAGGGAACUUGAGGGCCACAGGAGCAGAAUUGAAGAUGUCCUAGAGAGGGCAGGGAUCAUUGCCUCCAUAAGGAGCCCAGAAGCCGACUGCGUCAGGGCGGGUCAUGACCAGCUGGCCCAGCUGUGGGCUCUGCUGUGGGCCGAGACGGAGAGGAGGCAGCUGAUUCUGGAUGCCAUGUAUCAGGCCCAGCAGUAUUACUUCGACACAGCCGAGGUCGAGGCCUGGCUGAGUGAGCAGGAGCUGCACAUGAUGAAUGAGGAGAAGGGAAAGGAUGAGCCAAGCACGCUGCAGCUGCUGAAGAAACAUUUGCUCCUGGAGCAAACCAUCGAGGAUUACGCUGAGACCAUCGGCCUUCUGUCACAACAGUGUCGACAGCUGCUGGAGAUGGGACAUCCAAACAGCGAGCAGAUCAGCAAGCGUCAGUCACAGAUAGACCGACUCUACGUAUCUCUGAAGGACCUGGUGGAGGAGAGAAAGAGCCGCCUGGAACAACAGUACUGGCUGUAUCAGCUCAACAGGGAGGUGGACGAGUUGGAGCAGUGGAUCGCCCAGAGGGAGGUGGUUGCCAGCUCGCCUGAACUGGGUCAAGACUUUGAGCAUGUCUCUGUCCUCCAAGAAAAGUUUACAGAGUUUGCGUCAGAGACGGGAAGUGUGGGACAGGAACGUGUGACGGCCGUCAAUCAGAUGGUGGACGAGCUCAUAGACUAUGGACACUCUGAGGCCGCCACCAUCGCUGAAUGGAAGGAUGGGGUCAAUGAGGCCUGGGCCGACCUGCUGGAGCUGAUGGAGACCAGAGCGCAGAUGCUCGCUGCUUCACACCAGCUGCACAAGUUCUUCUCUGACUCCAAAGAAGUUUUGGCCCAGAUUGAGGACAAGCAUCGCAGACUACCAGAAGUCCGGGCUCGGCAGGGCAGCACUUCCAACACCAGCACCUUGCAGAGACUCCUGCAGAGCUUCGAACAGGACAUCCAGCUGCUGGUCACUCAGGUGCGUCAGCUGCAGGAGAGUGCAGCCCAGCUGAGAACGGUGUACGCGGGCGAGAAGGCCGAAGCCAUUGCUUGUCAGGAGCACGAAGUUAUGCAGUACUGGAAAGAGCUGCUGACGUCUUGCGAAGAGUGUCGGCUGCAGAUCACCACCGAGACGGACAAGCUGAGGUUCUUCAGCAUGGUCCGGGAUCAGAUCAUGUGGAUGGAGUCGAUCAUCUGUCAGAUAGGCACAGGAGAAAAGCCCAGGGACGUGUCCUCAGUGGAGGUGCUGAUGAACUAUCACCAGAGCCUAAAGAGCGAAGUGGAGGCCCGCAGCCAGAGCACCCUGGAAUGUAUCGAAAUGGGAAAAAUGUUGCUGGCUGCUAGAAACCCUGCAGCUGAGGAGAUCAAAGAGAAGCUGGAGAAGGUGAUUGUUAAGCAGCGGGAGCUUUCUGAGAAGUGGGACAAGCACUGGGAGGUCCUACAGCAAUUGUUGGAGGUUCAUCAGUUUGCCCAGGAGGCGAUGGUGGCAGAGGCCUGGCUGACCGCUCAGGAACCGCUGAUCAACAGCAAGGAGCUGGGAGGUAGCGUGGACGAGGUGGAGCAGCUCAUACGUCGACACGAAGCCUUCCGGAAAGCUGCCGCCACCUGGGAGGAGAGAUUCAGCUCACUGCGGCGUCUCACUACGGUGGAAAAGCUGAAAGCAGAGCAAAGCAAACUACCACCGACACCCCUCCUGGGCCGUAAAGUCUUCUUGGAUCCGCAAGAUGCAUUAUCCGGUCCAACAACCCUCCCCCGCCUCCCGGUCUCCCCCGUCAUGAGACAGACCAUCUACGAGCAGAAUCAAGCCAGCUCUCCUCCGUCUCCCUCACCUGCCACGCCAACGCCCUCUCCAUCGACUGUGGCUCGGCGGCUCGGGUCGACGGUCGCCAGCUACACCCCGGUGAUGAACGGCUCCGGUUACCGCCACACCCUGGAGACGCGGCACGGUGGAAUGGUGGGUGUGGCAGCUGGACUAGGCCAGCCAGCUCCCUCUUCGAUUGCUUCUAUUGCCACGGCAGCCAUGUUGGUGUCGGCCAAUCAGAUGCGAGAAAGUGCCAGCACUACAAGAGACCAGGCCACGAAAGCGAUGAGUUACUUACAGCCAGGGCAGGCAGGCAGGGAACUGGAGGGGAAAUCCUCGCCGUAUCUACGGCAACCCAAAAUCAAACACUUGGACGAUGCUGUGACGCCUCUGAUCGUGGCUAGCCGACUGGAGAGAGUCAGGGAGAGGGGGAGAGAAAGGGACAAAGUGGGGGAGAUGGGAAUGGAAAAAGCAGAGGUGGCGGUGAUGGCUGAGGUGGUGCUCCAGGAGCCGGUUCGAGAGCGUCUGCACAGUGAACCCACCAGAGGACCUCGGGGAUCCAGGACCGACCCUCUGGGCCAUGCAGAGCCUCAGGUCCAGACGUAUCAUCGGCAGCACUCCAGUGAGCAGUUGAUCCAGGCACGCAGGGAUGAGCUACCUCAGGAGGUGUGGCGGGAACAGGCAGAGAGGCGGGAGAGGCGGACCCUGGAGAGGCAAACAUCCAGCGAACAGGAGGGCCACGAGGGCCGGCGGAGAGAAAGGGACCGGCACCGGGGGGAGAGGCAGGAGUCCAGUGACAACGACAUGGGGAGGGAGCACUCAGACAGACGCUCCACAGGAGGAGAGAAGAGAACCACCAUGGCAGAGAUUGUAGAGCAACUUCAAGAAAGAGAAGCAGCACAGGCUCGUGGUGAGGUGCCCCGCUUGCCCAACGGUCUACCAGAGAAGUCUUCCCGCCUUGACCGGCCCAGAGCCCGGGACAGACCCAAACCAAGACGAAGGCCACGUCCCAAAGAGCCAGGAGAGACCACGCGGAGGUCCCGAUCUGCUCCAGCUCAGAGCAGCCAAGCAACCCCCCAACCACCAACCCACACAGCACACCAUGAGGGCUUCCUUUUCCGCAAGCUGGACAUCGAGAGCAUGAAGAAAAGCACCAAUAGGCGACCUCCCUCCUUCCUCCAGAGAGACAUCAGGGACAGUGCCUCUCUUCACUGCCCUCUGGUGGCUGACCUGAUCACGUACAGCCAAAAGCUCAUCCACAUCCAGCAAUGGAUGAGACCCACUCAUGAGCCCACUCAAAGCAGUGGAUGAAUGUGAUCAUAUGUACAUGCCCUGUUAUGUACAUGGAAAGGUAAAACAUAACUGUGAAUGGCUUGAAUCCAGUGAAAUCUCCAAACUGCUCCUUGUUGGGCUCAUUGAAACAGUCGGCCCGUGAGGAGAACAUUGAGAUUCAACCUGUCACUGUUACAUCAUGACUCUACAAACUAUUAUUUUGUGUUUCUGUGCAAAUUAAUAUUCUGAUGAAACUCACAAAACCUGUGUUUCUGAUUAUGGUGCAUAUAGGUUGUUUCUGAAAUGUAAUUGACCCAUUUAAAUUUAAUUCACUCAUAUGCAGUCAUGGAAAAUGAAAUUACACCUUUCUUUAGUUCUAAGGGUUCACAUUAGGGGUGCACCGUUGGAUUGGCCGGCCGAUCGAUCGGCCCAGAUUUCCUUAAUUUUGGGUGAUCAGUAAUCGCCCAAUACUUACAUGUGAAACCAAUCUUAUCAACUGAUCUUGUCUACCUCUGCAAAAGGUCUGAAAAUCACCCACAGUCACCUAAUGCUCUGCUGUGAAAGAAGGCUGACUGACAGGCCUGGCCACUAGGUCAUGUCUGCAGGUGCGCGGUUCACAGCUGUUGUCAACAUAAGAUUGGAACACUGAAGGUGUCUUGUGACCUUAUAACACCUGAUAGCGUCAGGGGUAAAGAAAAUUGGAAUUGGCAGAUCAGGCUUUGUAAAGAUCAUGAUCGGCCAGAAAAUUGCAAUCGGUGCACCCUUAGUUUACACGGCAGAACAUAGAAGAAAUUCGGCUUUUAAUAAGGUUUUUAAAUUGUUAAAAUUUAGCCUCAAGUGUACAAAACCACCCAAUCAAUUGCAUACUGUCAUUAUUAAACAAAGAUAGAAACUGUGUUUAAAAAAGUAAGUACACCCUCACCACAACAUUACAAUCGAGUUAAAGUCUGAACUUUGACUGGGCCAUUGCAACAACUUGAUUCUUUCCUUUUUAGCUGUUCUUUUGUAUUUGGAUGUAUUUACUGCUGUGUUUUGGGAUCAUUGUCCUGUUUAUGUCCCAGUUUGGUCCAACCUUCAGCUGUCAAACCCAUGGUCCCAUGUUUGACCCUAGAAAGCUUUGGUGAACAGAGGUUGACUUAGUGACUGCAAGGUGCCCAGGUCAUGUUGGUGCAAAACAAGCAAUAAUCAUCACUUCUCCACAGCUGAUAAGCUGUGUUUGGGUUUAUGUGAGUUUUUGUCCAUACAUCUUAACUUAGGUCCCUUCUGUGCAAAGGUUGUUGUUCCAAAAGGCUUGCGGUUCUUUGUCUAACUGUUCUGUCAUAACCAUCUCAGACUCUAUAGGGAUUAAUUAAAUUGAGUUAUUUAGUUUUUUGCAGUUUCGCUGAGUAUUACAUGGUCUGACCUAUGGGCGAAUAUGGUUCACUAAUGGCAGCAUGAUAGGCGCCAAGUUGUUUGAAAAUGACCUUAAAAUAAUUUCCAGAAUGAUGGGCCGCAGUAGUUGUUUCUCUAAGGUCAUUGCUGAUGUCUUUCCAUCUUGCCGUUGUAUUAACACACACCUGUGUGUUUCAGACUGGUUUUAUAAAGGUACUCAGUCUGAAGAAGAUCAGUUAAUCAACUGCAUUUAAUUGGCAGCAUCAGGCUGCUUCUCACUUAAAUACUAUGGAAAUGUCAAGGGUGUACUUAGUUUUUCACACACAGCUUUUUGGCUUCAUGCUCUUUGCUCACCAAAAUCUUUUAUUAAUUGGAACCGUUCUAUAGUAGAUAUUUGGACCAAGAUUUCAAUAUAAACACAAUGUUCUCACAUGCACUGCAGGUUUUUGUCCUCUUGAUUCUCUUUUACCCAUUUGCAGGUCUGUUUAUCAGGAUAUUAAGCUGCACAGUUAGUUUACCUUAAGUACUGUGCACACGUUUAAGGCACUAGUGAUUAUGCAGUUUAUUUAUUCUAUAAUACAGCAUUAAUUUUCUCAUUGAAAAGCAAGCAGCUUGGGAAAUGGUUGUUUCAUCUUAAACAAAAGUUGGUAGGCUUGUUUAUUAUCACCUUGAAUGCUAUAGAAAUUACAUUAAACUUAUAGGCACUUAUAAAAUGCAUUGAAGAAGGCCCUCAGCUUCCUUUUUUAAAGUCAGGACACUGUUUCUACUGUCUUCAUUGUAUCCUGACUGACUCUGUCAAACUGAGACCACCUCUGCAAAUAAAUGUUCUUUAUUAAUACAUCUGGUUGUUUGGCUGUUGCCUUUUGGGAAAAUCAGAGAAUCUCAGAGCUGGAUCAGACCAAAUAUCUAACAUGCCUAAGACCUUUGCACAGUACUCCCUUUAAGUGCCCCCUCUUAAUGGAUAUGCUCCAUGUAUGUGGUCACUUUAACGAAUGUAACAGAGCUUUCCUGUAAAAAUUGCAUUUAACCAAACUUUUCUCCUUGUGUUUUUGUCUCUUUCCCGUUGUGCUUCCGGCUGUCCCUCUGUUCUCCUCUAAGCAGGUCCUGGGUCAACCUGUACUGCGUGCUGAACAAAGGGGAGCUGGGUUUCUACAAGGAUGCCAAGAACACCACCACGCCCUACAACAACGAGCCCCUGCUCAACCUCUCCCACUGCCACUGCGAUGUCACCAAUGGAUAC